AUGGCUUGGGGUCCUACUCUCACGGCCCUGGCCUUCUCGGCCCUCCUGGCAGUUCUAGCGUUCUGCUUCCUCACUGUCCCGUAUCUUGUCAUUGGUCCCUUCACUUGCCGCUUCUUCAACACUGCCAUCACCGUUGGCCCAGUGGCCGCCUUUGUUGGAUUGUUCGCUUUCCGUUACUGGCGCCUCUUUGUUAACAUUGUAGCUUACCGUCUCUACCGUCCCGCUCCUCGUCGAUCCCCUCCGACUUACACGGCAAAUGAUGUGACCGUCAUUUGCCCGACCGUCGAGCCCCAUGGUGACAUCUUCCGAGAAUGCACCGAGUCUGUCUGCACCCAAGAACCCCGCAACUUCUUUAUUGUCGUUGGUCAUGAGAGCAUGGUUGAUGCCGCCGAGGGCGUCGCCGCUGGUCUCCGCGUGCGCUGGCCCAAGAUCAACAUUCGCGUCGAGGCAGCUCCCGCCGCUGGAAAGCGAAUUCAGAUUGAUCAUGUCGCUCCCAUCAUCGAUACCGCCAUCACCAUCUGUGUCGACGACCACGUCUUCUGGCCCCUUCACCGUCGCUUCUUCCCCUCUGUUCUCGCCGCCUUUGAGGACCAGAACAUUCGACUUGUCGGCACCAACAAGCGCGUCCGCAUCGAGCAUGGAAAGGGUCGCUGGAGUCUGUUUUGGAACAUGAUCGGCUCGCUGUACCUGACCCGUCACAACUUCGAGAUCAUGGCUUCCAACUGGGUCGACGGUGGCGUCUUUGUCGUCUCUGGUCGCACUUUUGCCAUCCGCUCCGACAUUCUUCGCGAUGCCGAUUUCCGCGACAGCUACACCAAUGAGAUGAUUGGUUUCUUGGGUAUGCUUUGGGGUCCCCUCAGCCCUGAUGAUGACAACUUCAUUACUCGCUGGAUCUUUGAGCACGGCUUUGGCGUCCGCAUUCAGUCCGAGGACGACAGCGAGAUUGAGACUACUCUGGGAUGGUUCCCCAAGCACCUCGGCACCUCUACCCGCUGGGCCCGUACCACCUUUCGCUCCAACCCUCGCAUUCUCAUGAUGCGCCGCAUCUGGGAGACUCAGCCCUGGUCUAUCUACGCCGUAUAUAUUGCAGGAAUGAUCAACUUUGCCGUCUUCUGGGACUUUCUCCUCUGCUACAUGUGGCAGCAGCUUCCCUGGGCUCACGGCUGGGCCGACGUGCGCGUCAUGGUUAUCUGGAUCCUCGCUACCAAGCUCGUCAAGACUUGGCCUCACUUCCGUCGCUACCCCAGCCACCUCAUCAUGUUCCCAGGUUACGUCGCCUUUGCCUACUACCACUCGCUCAUCAAGUUUUGGGCUCUGCUCACCAUCUGGGAUUGUGCUUGGACCGGUCGCAACAUUGCUGAACUUGCAGCCGCUGCUGCUGCUGCCGGCGCAAAAUCUACUGCUACUACUUACGGUACCACCGGCUCCUCUUAG